CUCCUAAUCAAUUCAAAUCCUGUUUUGCAAACACUUGGUCAUGUUCCCCAUCGUUCGACGUCUUCCUCUCAAUCUCCCAAAAUCCAUCCCUCUCCUCCACUCCUCCGCCCUCAACCUCACCGCCAUCACCACCCCAACCUCCUCCCAAACCCUAGACUUCGAUGACACCCACCGCCUCUUCUCCUCCUCUCCCACCUCCUCCCUCAUCUCCUCCCUCUCCCAUCUCUACGCCAUGGCCUUCUCUCCUCUCGUUGAUCUCGGCAUCACCGCUCUCAGAUCUCGAUUGAUCUCAGAGACGGAGAUCGGGCGGCGAGCAAUCAAGGCCACGGCCUACUCUCGCUUCUGCGCCGGCGAGGACGCGGAGUCGGCGGCGAAGACGCUGACGGAGCUCUGGGGUCGUGGGAUGCGGGGGAUCUUGGAUUAUGGGCUUGAGGACGCUGAGGAUAACGCCGCUUGUGAUCGGAACUUGGCCGGAUUCCUUCACACCGUCGAGAUGACGUCAUCGCUCCCGCGCGAUUCGGUGAGCUUUGCAUGUGUCAAGAUUACAGCAAUAUGCCCAAUAACAUUGCUUGAAAGAGUGAGUGAUUUACUAAGAUGGGAGCAGAAGAAGAAAACAAUAGACCUCCCAUGGAAGUCACACUCUCUUCCAAUCCUCUCACCUUCCAGCCCUCUCUACCACACCCCUUCCUCUCCUCCACCUUUAUCAGAAACCGAAGAACAAGACCUCCGGCUUGCCGAAGAAAGACUAACCACCCUCUCCCAGAGAUGCAGUGACUUCAAUGUCCCUCUACUCAUUGAUGCAGAGUACACAUCAGUGCAACCAGCUAUUGACUACUUAACAUACUCAGCAAUGCUCAGGUUCAACCACAAUGACCGACCAAUCGUUUAUGGUACAAUUCAGGCCUACUUAAGGGAUGCCAAAGAGAGGUUGAUGCUUGCAGUGGAGGCUGCUGAGAAGGAGAGAAUUUCUAUAGGUUUCAAGUUGGUCAGAGGUGCUUACUUAACAAGAGAAACAGAACUUGCUUCAUCUUUAGGUGCAGCUUCACCCAUUCACAGCAGUAUAGAAAAAACACAUGCAUGUUACAAUGACUGCACCUCCUUCAUGCUUGGAAAGGUUGUCAGUGGGUCUGGUUCUGUUGUGCUUGCCACACAUAAUUUUAACUCAGGAAAAUUUGCAGCAGCAAAAGCUGAAGAAUUGGGGAUUGAUAAAGGAGAUCAGAAACUGCAAUUUGCACAGCUGAAAGGAAUGGCUGAAGCACUGUCAAUAGGAUUGAGUAAUGCUGGUUUCCGAGUUAGUAAGUACUUGCCUUUUGGACCUGUGGAUCAAGUCAUCCCUUACCUUCUCCGCAGGGCUGAGGAGAACAGAGGUUUCCUCUCUGCUUCCACUUUGGACAGGCAACUCAUGAGGAAAGAGAUAAAGAGAAGAUUAAAGACAAUGCUUUCAGGAAGGGGAUGAAUGUGCAAUAGGUAAUUAUGAUACAGUAUAAUAACAAGCAGAAUUGCAUGUACAUGUGCAUUAAUCUGACUAAAAAAAAGAAAUAUAUGGACAGAAAGAUAUAAAUGUUGUUUGUGUACUCUGUCUGGUUCAUGCACUCUGUCCAUUUUCCACUGAAUUUGGAUACUAAUAAUGUACCUUUUAUCUAUAUUAUCUCAGAGUUGCAAGAUCAGCAAACACUUCUGUGU